AUGGCUACGCCAACAUCAGCGGCGCUGGUCAAGCAUUUGAAUGAUGCGGAAUUGACGGCGCGAAACCUCACACCAGAGUUCAGGGCACGGGUCUUGAAGGCUGCCAGAUGCCAGAUGCCAGUCAAAGUCUGUCUAAGACCGGCCGGCGGUGAAGCGGCACGCUCAGUCUUUCAUCUCCACAAUGAGCACCGUGCAUCGAGGGACAGCGAUAGAGACAUCGAUUUAUCGCACAACGGCACGUGCCGAUCCGAAGCCGGCGGCUGGGGAGAUGAAGGUCGAAUGAUGGUUAUCCGAUUUGCGACAUGGUCGCAGAAGCGGCCGAUGUUUAUUUGCAACGACACAGAGUCAGUUUGGAUCCUUCUGCGUCUCGUGGAUUUGUUCGACGGGGCAACAGACGCAAUGGGGGAAUCGGGACAAGCGAAGACCGGCGCCAGUCCCAUACUACAAGUAUGUUCCCCCGCCUACAGAGUACCGCGCGGUGGGCUGCAGAUGUGCUGCAUAGUUGAUGCGCGUAUGCGGGCUCAGAUGCAGAAACUGUGCAGUACGGAUAUGUUUGGAUGGAUAGUCGAUGAAGAUGGAGACCUCGGAUGCAGAGCUGCACUUUGCAUUGCGGACAGAUGGCCCGGCUGCGUCAAGCUGCUGCAGCUACUGCAUAUGCAGUCCAGGUUUCCAGAGUACAGCCAUGUUUCUGAUGCUCCGCCAUGUUGGCCGGCCCGCCCUAGCUUCCACAGGGUCGAAGCUCCCCCGGCGACCGCGGCUGUCUACGUGGGGUUGAAGAAGCUCAUGAUACAGGCUCUCGUGCCUCUCGUUUUCCUCUGGGACGACAUGACAACAUCAGCAGCGGCAGAAUCCUGGCUUGAAGCUUCAGUGCUCCACUUGCAAGGCCCGGCCAAGGGCAUGUUUGUCAUAUUCCCGUGUGCACAGAGGUUUCAAUCAAGAAGAACCCCUCUCGUUGGCGACCGCCAUGCAGCAUCCCCAGCUCCCUCGAGACGCCCGUCGUCUUACUGUAGGGGACCUUUUGUUUACUUUGGACUGUUCUUGGAAGCUCGUCUUCUGUCAUCAGCUCGAUCGACAAGCCGGCUUUCGGCUUUGGGCUAAACUUCCUGUAAGCAUGACCAAGUUGGUCAUCUGGUCGGUCUCGAAAUAGGACUGAAGAAUUCCAUCCGGCCAGGG